AUAUUGACGAAGGUAUUGAUGAGCUUAAUGAAUCUGAUGAAAAAUUAAAAAUUAUUAGAGAAUUUAGGGAGGCUGAUAUGAUGAUCCCCGAAUUAUCAAUGACUUUGAAAGAAUAUUCUGAUGUAAUAUACACGAGUAAAUUUAUCAAUACAAUCGAAAUUUCGAAACGAGCAG